GAACAUGGCGCUGCUCUGGCUGCCUGAGCUUGUCCUUGUGCUCAGCUUGUCCUGCCUGCAAAGCCCCUGCUCAGCGUUCUCUCCCGUGAGCACCAUGGAGCCCUUGGGCCUGCAGCUGAUGAGUGGGCAGACCCAGCAGAAGCUACCCCCACUUUCCCUCCUCAAGUUGGGCAACCAGGAGCCUGGUGGCCAGACUGCCCCAAAGAAGGCCCCAGGAGACUGCGAGGGGCCCCCAAACCCGGAGCAGACCCGCAGGCUGGCCCAGGCCAUGAUGGCCUUCACCAGAGACCUCUUCUCCCUGGUGGCCCAAAACUCCACCAGGCCCAACCUGAUCCUGUCGCCUCUGAGUGUGGCCCUGGCACUGUCUCACCUGGCACUAGGUGCUCAGAACCAAACGCUGCAGAGGCUGCAGCAGGUGCUGCACGUGGACUCAGGGCCCUGCCUCCCCCACCUGCUCAGCCGCCUCUGCCAGGACCUGGGCCCUGGGGCUUUCCGAUUGGCUGCCAGAAUGUACCUGCAGAAAGGAUUUCCCAUCAAAAAGGACUUCUUGGAACAAUCAGAACAGCUCUUUGGUGCAAAGCCCAUGAGCCUGACGGGAAGGAAGAGGGAUGACCUGGCAAACAUCAACCAAUGGGUGAAGGAGGCCACAGAGGGGAAGAUUGAGGAUUUCCUCUCAGAUCUGCCAGAUGACACAGUGUUGCUUCUCCUCAAUGCCAUCCACUUCCAGGGCUUCUGGAGGAGGAAGUUCGACCCGAAUCUCACGCGGAGAGACACUUUCCACCUGGACGAGCAGUUCACGGUGCCGGUGGACAUGAUGCAAGCCCGCACGUACCCGCUGCGCUGGUUUCUGCUGGAGCAGCCUGAGAUCCAGGUGGCUCAUUUCCCCUUUAAGAACAACAUGAGCUUCGUGGUCGUUGUGCCCACCCGUUUCGAGUGGAACGCGUCCCAGGUGCUGGCUAGCCUGAGCUGGGGCGUGCUGCACCAGCCCUUGCUGCGGGAGAGGCCCACCACGGUCCAGCUGCCUAAGCUGCACCUGAAAUACCAAAUGGACCUGGUGGCCAUCCUCAGCCAGCUGGGCCUGCAGGAACUGUUCCAGGCCCCGGACCUGCGCGGGAUCUCAGACCAGAGCCUGGUGGUGUCCAGCGUGCAGCAUCAGUCCACCCUGGAGCUCAGAGAGGCCGGCGUGGAGGCGGCCGCGACAACCAGCACGGCCAUGUCCCGCAUGUCCCUCUCCUCCUUCAGCGUGAACCGCCCCUUCCUCUUCUUCAUCCUCGAGGACAGCACGAGCCUGCCUCUCUUUGUGGGCAGCGUGAGGAACCCCAAUCCUGGCGCGCAGCCGGAGCUCAAGGAGCAGCAGGACUCCCCUGACAACAGGGACUUCUUCCAGCACCAGAAAGGCUUCCCCCGCGGAGACAAGCCGUUCGGCCCUGACUUAAAACUUGCGCCCCCCUCGGAGGAGGAUUACCCCCAACCUAGCAGCCCCAAGUGAGGGGCUUGGCCGCCAGCAGCCCGAGUCCCUGCUUGGACCAGCCUCUCAACUCAUGUCACUCUUUCCA